AUGCUCGAGUAUCUGUCUGCGUGUUUAUUAACACGGACCGCGUGUGGUCCCUCUAGUGUCCGCCCGACCCUUCCUUCUUCCCCACUUCUUCUUCUCCCUAACCUCCAUUGGAGAACCUUCAUUUCCACCACUAAAGCUCACUUUCCCGUCAAACCACCGGCCGGGAAUUUCUCGAGACCACCGCCAUUCUUUUCCAAAUUCAGAGCUCUACGAACCCCACUAAAACAACGGUCCGAUCUGUUGCUAUAUCUCGGGGCGCCAUCACCAUCCCAUCGCCACUUUCCGGCUGAUUUCCGGCCAACUCCGGCCACCUCUCGCGAUUCCGCCACCACCAUUGUACUCCUCUUGGGCAAGGCUACAAACCCCACCAAAAAUAUUUCCCAAAGCUCGCCGAAACAUUUCGCCGGAACUUCAAGCCAUUGCCGGAUUCGUCGGGUUUUCACGGUAAAUUGCUUCUCCUGGGAUAUCAAACAAAAGCUUAAAGCUUGGGGUGGAGAGUUGCAAGAUCUUCAAAUCCCAAAUUUUCGCAUGCAAACUUUGAACUUUCAACAAAAGCGGUCCAUGUCUACUUCUAGGAAGCGUUCGGCUGCUAGCCGAGGCAAAGCCCCGACAAGAGAUCAAAGCGAUGCUCCCGAUGUCCCAAGGUUUCGGGAAGCCAAGACAGCCAAAAACUACACAAAGAGCUUGCCUAGAAAAGUUGCAUCUACCAAAUUCGUGUGCAAGCCCGCGCUUAUAUCACUUGGGGUUCUCGAAGGGGUCACCCAGUUGUUCCGUAACAUUGGGUGGGAAAACCUUCUCAAUCUCCUGGCUUACACUUACGGGCUCCCCACUAGAGAGUUUCUUGCCGACAGCUUGCCUUCUUCAAAUACAUCCACGAUUCACGACGUUGUACCUGCUGAGUUCAAUCACGAGACAUUUUGGAUGGAAAUCACCAGGGGUAUCUUUUCGUGUGUCGGUCGGGGUAAAGCAACAUCUAUCAUCCACCCAUGCCUCCGCAUUGCCUAUCGCAUCCUAGUGUGUAUGGUUUUUGCCCGAAAAGAAGCCGGCCAAGUCACCAAAAAUGAACUCUUAUUCCUUUGGUGUAUGACAAGGCAUGAAAGGCCGCCAAUCCCAGACUUCGCUUCAUUCUUCUUCCAUAAAUGCACCCACAUGAGAUCCAAGACGUCCGGUGAUAUUUGCAUUGGGGGAUUUGUCACACUUUUGGCUCGCGGUCUUGACAUCGAGCUCCCUGAUGAAUUCCAGUCUGUUGACAGCAAAAAUCUUUUGGAUGACCAUGCCCUCAUAAACAUGCACCACAUCCGUCGCAGGAAUAGGAAUAGCUUCACUUGGUUUUGUCCUCAAGGGGUCGGGUAUCUCGUUCUCCCCGACCCUCGAGUCACCAACUUCACCUUCCACGAUCGCACUCAAUGGAGGCUCGCGAGGACCAUCACUCAGUCAAUCAAUGAGGAUGUGAUGCAAGAUCAAGAUGAUGACGAGAUACCUAUGGAUGAUACGCCCACGCAUGAUCUGCAACACGCCCAACCACAAGCCCCUCCCGGGUACUACCCGCUUCCCCCCAAUUUUGUCGAGCGGUUCGAGUCGCUUUGUGUCUCAAACCAAAUCAUGUCCCAGCAAAUGCACCAUAUGUGGGGGUGGCACCAAUCCCAAAACCAUUUUGAGAAUGUUCCACUUCCGCCUCCCUAUCCAUACCACCACCCACCUAUCCUUAUCCCCCUCCACCUUACCCUUACCCCUACCCCCAAUACCCGUAUCCUCCUCCCGAUCCCCCGGUUUAGGUACUUUCGCCUCACCACAAGCAUUGAGGACAAUGCUUAUUUCUAA